UCCUCGGAAUUCUGAGUAAAGCCGUAGUUGCAGUUGCGGACACGAAGUUCGGGUUUCUGCGGCGGAGUUUGUGGGGAUAUACUACUGCAAUGGCGUCUAUGAUCUUCACGAACUGUUCAUCCUCCACGACAGCACGCUUCCUCCCCUAUACCCCUGAUAGAAGAGGCAACCUUGGCCGGUUUCUUGCGCCUCCCCAUGUGGGAAUCCUCAGACAUAGCUCUCUCCGGACUCUGACCUUCCGCUUUUCACCUACUCCGUCACCGGUCAUCACUGCUGCAAUGGCUACUGAGGCCUCUGCUAAGUUGAUCGAUGGGAAAUCAGUGGCGAAGUAAAUUAGAGAAGAAAUAGCUGCUGAGGUAUUGAGAAUGAAGGAUGCGAUUGGUGUUGUUCCUGGGUUAGCCGUCAUUCUUGUUGGGGAUAAGAAAGACUCUGCAACUUAUGUUCGCAACAAGAAGAAAGCUUGUGAAUCCGCGGGGAUUAAUUCUUUUGAAGUGCGUUUACCUGAAGAAUCAACUGAGCAAGAAGUGCUCAAUGCCAUCUCUGCCUUCAACGAUGAUGCUUCUGUCCACGGGAUCCUUGUGCAAUUGCCUCUUCCUUCUCAUAUGAAUGAGCAGAAUAUCUUGAAUGCCGUUACCAUUGAGAAAGAUGUUGAUGGCUUCCACCCACUUAAUAGUGGUCGUCUUGCCAUGCGAGGCAGAGAACCCUUGUUUGUCCCAUGUACUCCUAAAGGGUGCAUAGAAUUGUUGCAUAGAUAUGGUGUAGAGAUAAAAGGGAAGAGAGCUGUUGUGAUUGGCCGGAGCAAUAUUGUUGGGAUGCCUGCUGCUCUGUUGCUGCAAAGGGAAGAUGCUACUGUAAGUGUUGUCCAUUCUAGAACUAAGAAUCCUGAGGAAAUCACAAGACAAGCAGAUAUCAUAAUCUCUGCUGUAGGACAACCAAACAUGGUGAAGGGAAGCUGGAUAAAACCUGGAGCAGUUAUCAUUGAUGUUGGAAUAAAUCCAGUUGAGGAUGAAACAAGUCCUUGAGGAUAUCGGUUAGUUGGAGAUGUUUAUUAUGAUGAGGCCUGCAAAAUUGCUUCAGCAGUCACCCCAGUUCCUGGGGCAGUUGGUCCAAUGACAAUAGCCAUGCUUCUCUCCAAUACUCUCAGCUCAGCCAAAAAGGCAUACGAUUUCCAAUGAGAAAUUCAGAGUUUACUGAUUCAAUCAUACACAAAACUUAACCUGAUUCAAUUAUACACCAAACUUAAGCACUAAAAUUAAGCCUUUAGGAAGAAACCCCUUUAUUUUUGUUGACCCUCUCCUUUCUCCUAGAGCUUGAUUCUUACUGCCCCGUCUGCUUUAAAUAAUGACCAUUUACAAUU